ACAAACAUGGCGGCCUCCACAUAACAUGUCUCCGUCUAAAUAUCCUUCGGAUGAAAUUUUGUUCACGAGAGAUGUCACAAGUUUGGAAGGUUCCUAGCUUUCUGAUCGAUAUAUAUUUUAGCAGUUGACAGGCAGUAUGUAUGGAUCACAGAAUCAGAGGGAUUUUAUUUCAUUUACGGUCGCCGAAGAUGAAAAAUACGACAACCAAAAAGUACGAAGGAGACAGUCUUGCUGGCGGGCUUGGAAGCAACUGUCACGGCUACAGCGCGCUAUCUUCAAUAUAAUGCUGAUGCUGACAGCCGUCUGUGUAGUCUACUUACUAAUGAUGCCUGGUCCUGGUCCAUCGGAGUUGGACAUUGAUCUAUCACGGAAUAAUAGGAUAGGAGGAGAUGCGUUGAAUCUUGAUGAUCGUAUGCAAGCAUUGAACGUCGUUGAUGACAUCAAUGGACAAGUUGAAGACAUGAACCAAAAGGAAGGACCUAAGCGCCACAAGAAAGGACCACCAAAGCUGAACAGAGAUCGAGGAGCCCUCGCAGUAAGCUUACCUGUACAUGUAAGUGGUGUAGAGAUCCCUGGCAGACAACAGCAUGUGGGUGAUGUAUUAGAUAAAGUUCCGCUCCGAAUCUUUGAAUCUCGGGAAGGGGCAGCAGCUGGGGCAUUGGAGGAUAAUAGGAUGGGGGAGGAUGAGGAACCAGUUCUGCACGUGCCAGAUGAUGGCGCAGCUAAUAGAGAUGAAGAGGUCAAAGGUCAGCAGGAGUCUGACCCUCAUAGAGAUGGUGACCCAGAUGAGGAGUCCAACAACGAACCAGAAGAAAGGAAGGACGACUCCGAAAGUCAGAGCAGCAUAUAUGGCCCAAAGAAUGAGAAGCAAGAAGCAGUUGUAGCCGCUUUCCAGCAUGCAUGGAAAGCCUAUAGAGCUCAUGCAUGGGGGCAUGAUGAAUUGAAACCCAUCUCUAAAACCUACAAUGAAUGGUUCCAUCUAGGACUUACUAUAAUUGAUUCUUUGGACACGAUGUACAUUAUGGGUCUGGAUAAAGAGUUUGAAGAAGCUCGGAAUUGGGUGGAGAAUGAGAUGAACAUCAAACCCAAUGUAGAUGUCAACUUAUUUGAGACGACUAUCCGUGUAUUAGGGGGACUACUAAGUGCCUAUCACCUUUCAAACGAUGAAGUCUUCUUAGAUAAAGCAAAAAUAUUAGGCAACAGUCUACUUCCAGCAUUUAACACCAAAAGCAAGGUACCCCACGCUGAUGUGAACCUUAAGACAGGCAAGGCCCAUGCACCCCGCUGGGGACCAGAUAGCUCUGUGUCGGAGGUCUCAACAAUCCAGAUUGAAUUUAGAGAAUUAAGUUUCAUCACCAAGAACAAUAUCUACAAAGAUGCCGUAGACCGAGUCAUGAGUCAUCUACAUGGGCUGAAGAAAGUGGACGGAUUGGUGCCCAUUUUUAUCAAUGCUAACACAGGGCAGUUCCGCCAGCGUGCUACGCUUACUCUGGGCGCAAGGGCAGAUAGUUACUACGAGUACUUAUUAAAACAAUGGCUGCAGACUGGCAAGAGUGAACAAAUAUUUAAAGAGGAUUUCGAAGCAGCUAUGACUGGAGUUAAAAAUCGCUUAACAAGACACUCAGGUCCCAAUAAUUUAGUCUUCGUGGGUGAACUUGUGAAUGAAGCCUUCUCACCCAAGAUGGACCAUCUAGUGUGCUUCCUCCCUGGUACCCUUGCCUUAGGAUAUCACAAUGGCCUUGAUGAGUCAUAUCUGGAGCUUGCCCGUAGUCUUGCCCAUACCUGCUAUCAGAUGUAUGCACAGAUGCCAACAUUCUUAAGUCCAGAGAUUGCACACUUUAAUAUGCUGCCUGGCACAAAGGAUGAUAUUCAAGUUAAGCCCGCUGACGCCCAUAAUCUCCUUAGACCAGAGACUAUAGAAAGCUUCUUCUAUCUUUACCGCAUCACCAAAGACCAAGUAUAUAGAGACUGGGGCUGGCAGAUAUUCCAAGCCUUUGAACGCUACACCAAGAUCCCAGAGGGCGGUUACUCCUCUAUCAGUAACGUCAAAAAUCCUGAUAAACCCUCCUUCAGAGAUAAAAUGGAGAGCUUUUUCCUUGGAGAGACACUGAAGUACUUCUUCUUGUUGUUUAGCGAUGAGCCGGACUUAUUACCGUUGGAUAAAUAUUUAUUCAAUACGGAGGCACAUCCUUUUCCUAUUCGGACUAUAAAUGGCGCCAUCAAACACUAGUAUGGCAAGUAAUUACUUAGGUUCAGUAACAAAAUUAUUUUUAAAGAGGCUAUGAAAUGUGAGAUUUCAGACCUCGCUCUGGUGUAGGCUUGAGUACAUAGUAAAAAGCAAAGCUGUGAUGAGCAGAAAGUGUUGCUUAACAAAAAUGUUUUUGCUUAGCAGGAACUCGCAAGGAAACCAGUCAUGAUACUUAAUAAUCUAGUGGUGUUUUUCACUGUUAACCUGCAAUCUGCUUAGUAAAUCUUGUGCGACGAAGUGUUUCCAGCGGGUUUGUGAGAUUGGCCUCAGAGAAAGAGAUACCAGAUAUUUGAGUGAGGUUUUGUUUAGUCAUUCAUGCUGGUGCAAUCUAAAUUCUCUUCUGUUUGUGUGUGCUCAAAGUGCCAUAAAGGUGGAGUAGGGAAUUAUGAUUGAAAUUUGUACACAAAUAAUGAUUGACUAUGCCAGUAGUUGCUGGGAUUUGAGUCAGUAUGGGUAAUUUAGUUGCUCAAAGCCAUUUUUUCUUCUGAAUUCAACUAAGACAUUGUGGAUCUUUUUCUAAAGCUGAAAAUUAUUGUCAGUGUAAAAUAAGUAUUCUUUGACUGUCAGUAAACUCUUAGCUGCAAGGGUUUUUACUGCUGAUUGUUGUCUUGACACACAGAAUUAUGAAAGCUGCUAAGCAGAAAUGAGCAGGGUACCAGUCACAAAUUGUACAUAUGACAUGGUAGUUUGGCUGGUAACAUUAUUCUGGUAUGGAUAACUUUGUUGUGCUGGUAAGCAUAACUAUGGUUUGCUACGCUGCUUUUUGUGCUUAAGCAGCUCUAUGAAAUUGGGUCUUGUGUGUAAAUGUGUUUGCAGAAGCACAAGAAUUCUGAGAUGAGAGAUUUGCAACAUACAGUUCACCAGGUUUUUUUUUGUCACAUGUUUGCUGAACGCCAUUUGGGUCCAAUGUGCAGUUGGCUAGUCAGGCAUCCUGUUUGCACACAUGCUGGGGUUUUUCUUAUUGCAAGUUGUCGUCAUCACUCUCAAUGCACAGCUCUUCAAGAAGCUGGUGUAUGUAGCCUUCUGUUGGAUCCCUGUAAAAACACAGAAAGUAACACCUUGAAACAAGGCUAAGUAUAGUAUGAGUCGUACCAUAGAGAAAGGACCCUUUCUCUAUGGUCAUACAGUGAUGGAAAAUUCAAACUUUUUCUGAAUGCAGACUUUUUAAAAUCUACCUGGUAAAUAAAAAAAUGCUGUAAUAUUCUUCAAAUUUAAUAGGUGAUGCUCUUUGAUCUACUUUUCUAGUGCUAAGGAGACUGUUCACAAAAGCUCAUUGGAAUCUUUAACUCCAGGGGUUAUUAUUAUUAUUAUUAUUAUUAUUAUUAUUAUUAUUAUUAUUAUUAUUAUUAUUAUUAUUAUUAUUAUUAUUAAAAGAUGGACAUACUAUCAUUCCAAUGUACCUUCUAAGACCUGGUUUCAGACUGUUAAACCCCAGUAUUAAUCAUUUACACUUUAGGGUUAGGGUUAAUGUAAGGAUUAGGGUUUGGGCGUAGAUAAGGAAAAUACACUAGGAGUGUCGGGACAUAGGGAUGUCGGAACAUAGAUUUCAUGAAGUGUAACGAUUUGUAAAUGUUGAAUGUGGUGUGACCACAAAAAAAGAAUUCUCUGUUUAGUGUCUAGCUAGCUUUUACCCUUUAAGGGAAAUAAUACAUUAAAGUUUGAAGUUUUCCUGCCAGUUUCUACAAAACAGACAUUCCAUUUAGUAUCCAUCUCAUUUAUUUUAAUUUGGAAGUCUAGCUUGUUCAACAUUUAACAGUCACAAUAACGAAUAAUUCAUUUUCAACAGUAUGGCAUUCAUGUCAAUUAAGAUUAUUCAAAUUAAUAAGGUCACAAUUCAAAGAUAACUCAAUGUCCCCAAAGCUAACAGCAAGGGUCUGUCAACAUUCAAUGUCAUCAGUGUUGUAAAUAGGCAGUGCAAAUUCAACAGAAGAAUGGUGGAAAUGUUGUCUUGAAUAUCCAUUAAUGAAAUAGAAUCUCUGAAACUAAACUAAUUGAGAAGAAUGAAAUCAUGUGUGCUCAAAAACGAUAAUGAAUGCAAUGUAGCUGAAAAGAAGAGUUUAUAUUUUGCAGAAACUGGCCAGGCAAACCGAUAAUGAUUUUCUCUGAAUACUGUUGUCACUAUGAGCUGUCUGCUUUUAAAAGUCAAGCUCAUGUCCAGCUUUUCCUUAUGUAUUAUAAUUGUUGGAGGGAAUAGUUAGGACUGUUGAAUAGCUAUCUGUAUUUUAGAAUAACUGAUUUGGAAUAAAGCUAUGGACAUAAAGCUGAAGACGAGCAGAGUAUACUGUUCGAAACGUCGUGACCAAACCGGCUCUUUUCAGAGCCACCACUCCUUCAAAA